AUGUUGUUGCUGCAAGAGCUGGCGGCUGCGGGCGAGCAAUCAGAUGCCCCCCGGCUACGCCAGCUCAUGAUUGAGGCGUCUGCCCUGGACCUCGCGGUGCCGCCCUCGGUGCGGGCGCUGCUGGACGAGCUGGAGGUGGAGGAGCGCACGCAGAAGGCCUUCACCAGCACGUCCACGGUGAAAAGCCGCGUGGCCGGAGGACGUCUCCGGGAAGCUGGCAGCCAUGCAAGCGAGACAGCGCCGGCCUAA